AUGUCGAAAUGGAGUUCUCAGGAAGAUGCUGCCGUUAUCAAUCUCUAUGACGUGUACGGCGCUCAAUGGACAAUAAUAUCCAACAUAUUGCAAACUAAGACGGCCCAGCAGUGUUCACAAAGAUGGCGUAAUGCAUUGCGUCUUGGAAUCAACAAAAGGCCGUUAACUGCUUCUGAACGUGAAACUGUUAAACGAUUGUAUCGUGUCCAUGGUCCCAGGUGGAAUAGGAUUUCUUUAGGCCUUCCUGAUCGCACUCCAAACAUGGUAAAAACCAGUUUUCAAGAGUCUCAGGCGGAAGAGAAGCGCAUUCGUGCUCAAAUGUCGGUGAACCGCCUGCUAAACUGGCGUUGUUAG